AAAAUAAAUGAAAGUAUAGAAAAAAAAUUCAUAGAAGGAAUAUGAAUGAAGGGUUGCAAAAUUAGACGGACGAACCGACCUACUUUUUCAUAUUACUAUUUCUAUUGCUUCGUAAUAAUGCCAUUUAUUUAUUAUUUAUAUUGAUUCAUUUCCCGUUUCCCAAAUUCUCAGUUUCUGGAAUAAUACGUCAAACCCUAGCCUUUCUUUUUUACGGUUUUCUCUCCCUCAGGAAAAAAAAAGAAAAUGAAUCACAAUGAGACAGGAUGCCAAUCACCAGAACGCCCAAUCCUCUGUGUCAACAAUUGUGGGUUCUUUGGACGUGCAGAAACUGGAAACAUGUGUUCUAAAUGCUACCGAGAGACAAUCCUCAGGGAGGAACAAGAAAGGCUUGCAGUUUCUUCCUUUGAAAAUAUUGUGAAUGGGACCUCCACCAAGGGCAAAGAAUCAGUUGCUGCUGCUGCUGCUGUUUCGGUUGAUGUUAAGUCUGGAGAAGUAUUGACGAAAGAUGUAAAUGUUCAAGUAUCUAGUGAUUUAAGCCUCGAACAGCCUUCCGAGCCGAAGAAAUCUGGUCCAAGUAGAUGUUUUACAUGCCGUAAGCGUGUUGGAUUGACUGGUUUCGACUGUAGGUGUGGAAAUCUGUUCUGCGCUGCUCACCGAUAUUCUGACAAGCAUGAUUGUCAAUUUGAUUACCAGGCUGCUGCUCAAAGUUCUAUAGCGAAAGCCAAUCCCGUCAUCAAGGCAAAUAAGCUUGAUAAGAUCUAAAGUGAUUAUGACAAGUAAUAAGCUUUCUAUCAUGUUUCCUGCAUUUAGAUUGGUGCUUCCCUUGUUAUUAACCCUUAUGUUUAUAAAUUUACGAAGUCCUUUGGCAAGGGCAGUGACAAUCCGGUGCACCGGUUUGUAAGUACUUAUUUGCUGGUUGUGGCACUUUGAUAUUCAAGUUGCAAGUUUGCCUUCUUUA